AUGAAGCACUCUGAGGUGAGCGCGUCGGACAAGGGGUCAACCAACAACCACCGCAGUACCGGCAUCCCGAUGAUCGAGUUGCCCGCGCCCAUCGAUUCCGCCGACGUCCCGCCGGCCCCGAAGCCGCAUUCGCCCGACGAAUCUUCCAAGUGGCUCAGCUGGUACUUGGGAGCCCCGGGCACCAUUGCUGGAUCCGCCGUCGGGUUCGCCCUCGUCUAUGGCCUCACGAGCAUCCCUUCGUUCACGAAAUGGAUCAACGGCCUCGAGAACCCGUACAGAGUCGGCGACAGCGUACACACCGUGGGCAAGUUGUACUUUCGCGCGUUGAACUGUGUCACAUUGCCACUGGCGUUCCUGAACGUCGCGCUCAGCAUUGCCGACAUGGUCACGUCCAAGCGCAUGUUCAAAAUCCGGUGGAAACUGCUGGGGUACACUGCCCUCACGACGACCUUGGCUCUGAUCCAAAUCAUGGUGUGGAGUUCUGUGUUUGCCGACAAGUUCAACGGAUCGACGUACAUUUACGACUGGGGCACCCCCACGACGCCGUUGAUGCAACUCAUGUGCCCCGGUCAAAAUGGCACGACGAUUCUCCUCAUGGACAACCAGACGCAGCAGCUGUCGUGCCAACCCCCAAUGUACACCGGUUCAUACGUCGGAGACCGCGACGCCCGCCUAAUGUACAUGGACGACUAUUCGAAUGCGUACACGACGCGCAAAGUGGGCACGGACUUCAUCAACAAGAUCCGUCCCCUGCGCGCCGACAUUAAAAAUACCGUGCACCACCUCAUGCCGGAUAACAUGUUUGAGAUCUUCUUCACCAACAACGUCGUGGGUCUCGUUUUGUUUGCGAUUGUGUUUGGGAUGGGCGCUGGGUAUGCCAGCAAAACCGGCACCACGGGCAACAUGAUCGACAUCCUUCGCGAGCUGCACUCGGUUGUGAAGAUCAUGAUGUCGUACGUGAUUACUGUGACCCCCGUGGCGCUGAUUCCGCUGUUUGCGGGACCUCUGAUUGUCGGCACGCACUCGGUUGAGCAGGACGUGCCCCGCCUCUGCUACUUUCUCCUCACCCUUGGCCUCGCCGGCACGAUCCACAUGUUCGUGGUCCUCCCCCUCCUGCUCAUUGCCACCACCCGCACCAACCCAUACCGGUAUUUUAACGUCCUUCGCGACGCCCUCGCGUAUGCCUUCGCCUGCUCGUCCUCUAGCAAGAGUUUACCGGUGGCAUUGCGCUUCAUGGACGGAACAGGCGGCGACCGCAACAUGUCGCGCUUUGCUGCGUCCAUCGGCACGGGCAUCAACAAAAAUGGAGCGGCCAUGUACAUUUUGCUCGCAGUGUUUUGGACGUACAGAAACGCGGGACUGUAUGCUGAGCUGACGCCGCUGCGCCAGGUGCUGAUUUGUGUGGGGGCGUUCGUGGGCUCGAUGGCGGUCGCCCCCGUCCGAACGGGGGGUGUGACGAUCGUAUUGUGCGUGUUUGCGUACACGAGCAACGUCCCGACGCCGUACUCGUACAGCUUUCUCAUCAUGAUCGAAUGCCUCAUGGAUCCGUUUUCAACCGUGAUGAAUUUGUGGGGAAACGUCGUCGUCGCGCGCAUUGUAGCGCACUAAGGCUACAGCAUUUGAUUGCUCCUGUUGCUCGAGUUUUGGCGCAAUACUACUGUAACUACACAAAUAUACUUAUUUCAUUGUCAA